UGUGAGGUGCUUUUUGAGUUUAGUAAAUGACUGCAGCAAGAAAUACUGUGGGGCUGGGGGGCUUGUGAGCGAUGGAACAAACCCUGUGUGCUGAAAUAUCAGCGUUUGGGCUUUUCUGACGAGGAUUCAAGAAAAACAUUGCAAGAAAAAAUUAACAGCGUCUCUUAACUAGACCAGACAAUGGAAGUAGCUUCAUGCAGCACUGACAAUUCACCCCAGGGAAACAAGUACGUACUAAAUCAGACUACCUCAGCCAGAGGUAGCAAAAACUAACGUGUGGCUCGAAAGCGACACAUUUCUUCACUGGGAUGCAUGCGAAAAGAAGCGCGGAGGAAAAGAGCAGACGCGUAUGUAUAUUUUCCCAAUGACUUUGAUGGCAUUCCAGCACUGUGAGGUGAUUUAGUGUGUAGUUUCGUUUGUUUAAAAUGUUUGCGAUGGAGCGCCUUUAGAUAUCCUCGGCGACUACGCAUCUAAUGCUGCCAUGGAUCGUCCGGAAUGAACAUCUGAAUUUUUCUCAUCGAGUUUUUUCCAAAGCGCUGCUUCCACCUGAAAUUCCGCAACCCGUAUGAAACAGGAGCUCCUCCGCUUCACCUAACGUUACACAGCCGCUGUCGGGAAAAUGAUCAGCUCGUCUGUAUGCUCUUGAGAUUUGUUUGGCCUUUCUGGGAAUCUGAAACAAGCAAAGGACGAAUUGUGCGCCUCAGAAGUGAGAGAAGAAAGGAAUUGUAUGGUGCUCUGAGCUGUGACUACAUCUACUCAUCUCCAACCUGACACAAUGUUCGCACUCGGGAUUUAUUUGUGGGAAACUAUUGUAUUUUUCAGCUUGGCAGCGUCCCAACAAGCAGCGGCUCGGAAAGCUGCCUCCCCCAUGCCCCCGUCAGAAUUCCUGGACAAGCUUAUGGGAAAAGUGUCCGGUUAUGAUGCAAGAAUCAGACCAAAUUUCAAAGACCCACAAGGCUCCAAAUCGGAUGGUACUCACAAAAAAGGUCCACCUGUGAACGUAACAUGCAACAUUUUUAUUAACAGUUUUGGAUCUAUUGCUGAAACAACAAUGGAUUACAGAGUGAACAUUUUCCUGAGACAGCAGUGGAAUGACCCUCGGCUGGCCUACAGCGAAUAUCCCGAUGACUCCCUUGACCUUGAUCCCUCCAUGUUGGACUCCAUUUGGAAACCUGAUCUGUUCUUUGCCAAUGAAAAGGGAGCUAAUUUCCAUGAGGUUACCACUGACAACAAGCUUUUGAGGAUCUCCAAAAACGGGAAUGUUUUGUACAGUAUAAGAAUAACACUGAUUCUGGCCUGCCCCAUGGACCUGAAGAAUUUCCCUAUGGAUGUGCAGACCUGUAUAAUGCAGCUGGAGAGCUUUGGCUACACGAUGAAUGAUCUUAUAUUCGAGUGGGACGAGAAAGGAGCCGUGCAGGUAGCGGACGGACUGACGUUACCUCAGUUUAUACUGAAGGAAGAGAAGGAUCUGCGCUACUGUACCAAGCACUAUAAUACAGGGAAGUUUACCUGCAUAGAGGCUCGUUUCCACCUGGAGAGACAGAUGGGCUAUUAUCUGAUCCAGAUGUACAUUCCCAGUCUCCUGAUUGUCAUUUUAUCUUGGGUGUCCUUCUGGAUCAACAUGGAUGCUGCUCCUGCCCGUGUAGGCUUGGGCAUCACAACUGUGCUGACCAUGACCACCCAGAGCUCAGGAUCUAGAGCUUCUCUUCCCAAGGUCUCGUAUGUGAAAGCCAUUGACAUUUGGAUGGCAGUGUGCCUUCUCUUUGUGUUCUCUGCUCUGCUGGAGUAUGCGGCCGUCAACUUCAUCGCACGCCAACACAAGGAGCUGCUGCGCUUUCAUAGGAGGAGAAGGCAUCUUAAGGAGGACGAGGCGGGAGACGGGAGAUUCAGCUUCUCCGCCUAUGGCAUGGGUCCGGCCUGUCUCCAGGGCAAAGAUGGCAUGGCCAUCAAGGGCAACAACAACAACGCACCCACCUCCACCAACCCCCCUGAGAAGACCGUAGAGGAGAUGCGCAAGCUCUUCAUCAGCCGCGCCAAACGGAUCGACACAGUGUCGCGUGUGGCCUUUCCGCUGGUCUUCCUCAUUUUUAACAUUUUCUACUGGAUCAUUUACAAGAUCAUCCGCAGCGAGGAUGUUCACAAUAUGAAGUAAAUAACGCAGUAAAGAGAUCCGAAUACACCCGUCUCUACGCCCCUCCCCACGUCCCACCGUGCCCGCCUUUCUCUCACUGCAGUGCUCUCACUCGCUUCCGGUGAUGACGAGUCCCUGCCAGAGGUAUUUAUUCCUCUUUUUUUUUUUUUUUUUUUUUUCGUCUCUUUCUCUCCUGUCCUCCUGAAUAAUCCGGACCUGUGCAAUAGCAAUGCAGUAAAAUGCAUGAUAUAUGAAUGUGGCAAUAUAUUUACUAAAAAAAAAAAUGAAAAUGACUAAAAGUAAAUAUUCAACUUAAGAACUUCUGAACUGAUGACUGGGAAUCCAAGAGGAAAACUUUUUUUGCAACUUGAAGACGCACUGCAUUGCGAGAAUAUGGAGAAAAAGUACUGCUGUAAUAUAUCAUAUAUUUAAAUGAUAAUACUUCCAUAAGAAAGUGAUUGAAAAUUCGACUUUUUUUUUUUUUUUGGUGUCUCGAGGCAGUUUGGGGCUUCCACGAUUAUACGAUGAAAACGUCACUGAGACCGAGAUUUGUUUUGGUACAGUACAUGUGUCCUGGAUGUUUCAUUCUGAUGUCGAUUAUUAAUGGAUCUUGAUGAGUGCCAGUGAAAAAAAUAUAUAUAUUUAUUCGAGCUGUGGUCAAUGUGUUCCUCUAUCUGUGCUCAUUUAAAUCUUUUUAUUUUUGUAUUAUUAUUUUUAAACAUCAGGUUGUGUUCUGAUCAUGUGCCAAACGUCAUCUUUUAGGUCGACCCAAAAAAAAAAAGACAAUUUCAUUUAUUUAUUUAUGUGUUCACCAUUUGAUAUAUUAAUGAUACGGGUUGAGAGGGGGGAAAUACUAAUAAUUUAUUAGAUAUAUCUAGACGCAUUCUUUUGUUUUGCCAUCGUUUUGACCAUCUCAGAGUAUGUCAGAAACGGACGGAAAGAAAAGCAAAGCGAUCUUUCAUAUCUCAUACUAUCACAACAGUGUUAUUUUUAUAAGCUUGGUUUAGCAGUACAGCCAGUGCCAUGAUACUAGUAGAUCUAUAUUUCCAACCAAAUGUAUAUUACAGUGUUUUUUCCUUUUUUUUUUUCAAACCUAUAUGUAUAAACUCUGCAUUGUGCAACAGAAUAAAAAAGUGCACAAAGGUUUAGUUUGUAAAAUUUAGGAUGCAUCUUCAUCUGGCUUCUCUAUGCAAUAAUCCUAUAUGCAAUUAUUUUCAGUGUUCAUCAUGUUGAAUAUGGCCGUUUUAUUCCGAAGGCCCCAAAAAAUGCUAUUUCGUACGUGUUCAAUUUUCUCUUCCAGUCAUGCUCAUUUGCUGUCUAUGCAUGGCGAGGCUUUUUUGUGUGUGGUGCAGAUGAUAUAAAUGUCAUUUUUCACUUUUGUAAUGUUUUGUUUGACUACCGAACUGAAGAGAAACACCAUUACACAAAGUGAGCAUGUGUCCAGACUGUGUGAUAGAUGCCCUGUGUAGGAUAUGCAAGAUUUUGCCAUGCGUGACAUAUAUAAAUAUAUAUACUUUUCGUUUGUUUAAAACCAAAGAGCAGUUUUGUUACUCUGUAGUCAAUUUGCCUUUCCGGUUUUCAAACUGAAGUUUGACCAAUUUUUCGUCGUCUCCAUUUCGUCCUGUUUGACAUUGACCAAUUUUGUAAGACCUGUAACAUUUGUAAUUUAUUCAGUUUUUCAAACAUUUCUUCAAGAAAACCUACAAGCAUAUAUCUUUAUACACUGCGAAUAGUCAGACAUUUUGUGACAGAAUAAUAUUACCAAGAAACUCCAAAUGGUAUCAUGAUGUUUUGAUGUGCGUAUAUAUAUAUUUUGGUUGAGAGUGAAGCUAAGUUCAUAGGUAAUUGAUGGCACAUUUUAAUUGAUUUUUUAUUCCAUUUAUUUGGUUUCAUUUCUUUAAAUGACCAGGCAUAAUGGCAAAUUUGAAGGGCUAUUUUUGAUUCUUAACAUCAAAUCUUCUCCCUCAAAUGAAUCGGCUUGUGACAAAGUGCUCAAAUGUGUGAUCUGAAAACUGGUUUAUACCUCACUGGUGAAGACACUGGGUUACACUAUAUAUUAGACCUCGCUGUAUGAUACGUUAAGCAGAAGCUGAGUUCUACUCGAGAACAUUGUAAUGUGAAACGCUAUCCACAUGCAGCACAAUGUAGCAAGAACACAUUUCACACAUCAUUUGAAUGUUCACACAUGAUGAAUUGUGCUGAAAGGAGUGUUCACGACUGGAUCUGGAACAUUACAAACAAUAUAAAUCAUCGUUGUUUCAAAUAGUCAUUCUUCCGGCGAGUCCUGUGCGAGACUGAUCGAGGCACACGAUGUACGAUAUACAUCACAGUGUACAGUGCGGAAAGUCAUGAAGUUGCUUUAUACACUCGAUGUGCUCAUUCUUGAAAUGGGAAACGCAAAUAUGUAGUCAAAAACACAUUUAGAAAAAGAACAUUUGUAGAAAUACGUUCAGCUUCACGUUGCUGUUUAUGACCGAUUUGUUUCUUGAUGAACCCUGCUUAAGGCUAUUGACGAUGUUGCUGGACUGUCCCGUGUGUAAAUGACAGCGGUGACGCCCCGGGCCCUCACACACGCAAUACACAUGACGAGUUGUGACAAAUAGUGCUGGCUCGGGAACACAAGGACAAUGUGAUGUGAAAUAUGUGCUAUAUGCAAAUACAAUUUGUUAUUUGGCUUAAUAAUCAUGAAAAUAUCGAUUUAAUGUCCUGAUGAUUUCUGAAUCUUACUUUGAGGCAUGUUUCUUUUGUGUGUGUGUGUGUGUUUAUCAUUUAUUUUAUUGAUUUUGUCCUGUUUUGAUUUAAUGCCACCUUUAUUCGAUCACAACUGCCCAGGAAGUGGUGAUCUCUGAGUGAUGAUUGGCAUGGCCAUCAUAUGUAACUUAUGUACGCAAAACUGUGGGUAAAAUUUUUAUUUUUGCACAAGUUGGUAUGGCCUUAAUUUAAAGGGUUUAUUUGCUUCUAUUGUGGAUUGGCACAAAGUGCAUCUCUUCAUUUGCUUCUUGUCAUUCUCCGAGUGCACUUCCAAGCAGUGAAAAGAACAGCGAAUUCUUAUUUUUUAUGUUCCAAUACUAAAACAUGGAAUUUUUGUGCAUGAAUAGAAUUAAAUGGCAGAUAUUUUUGGCUUGUACAGAAAUGUGAGCAAUUUGAAGAAAAACGGAAUGUACCAUUUCUGCUAUAUCUGUAUAUAACACAAUAUUUAUUGAAAUAUGUCAUAAUGCUAAAUCUAAUUCUAUUAAAGGUUUUCUGAACUAAAACAUCUGAA